AUGGGUGCAAGUCUCAUGCAUGCAGCAGAAGUUCUGGUGAAGAGUUCAACAGUGGGGCCAAAAACACUGGACAGCCUUGGGAACGGUCAUAGUGGAUUGUCCGAACUAGAGGUGCUGGACCUGGAGAAAGUUCGUUUUUUAGGUAUCAGAGAAUGUAUUGAUACCAAAGUUGAUGGGCAAGACUUGCCGGUGGAGCAGCAAGUUAAUAACAAAUCAUGCAGCCAAGAGCGCGGCUGUAAACACAUGACUUCGCCCCGAUUCGCUAUAUGA